CUUCCCAGCCCUGUCUCCUCUUCUUCUCCCAGAGUAAGACGAUUCCUCCACGCAAACCACAAAAAAAAAAAAAAAAAAAAAAAAAAAAGAGGUAUAAAUUCCGACCGCGUAUUGAGAUAAAAACGAUCUCUCCCCAUUCCCCAGAUCAUCGUCGUCGUCGUUAGCGCCAUGGCCUCGAAGCGGAUCCUCAAGAAGCUCAAGGAUCUCCAGAAGGACACCCCCAUAUCAUGUAGCGCAGGCCAUUAACUAAGAUCUACUUUCAGGAAAUAAUGACCUUUACUUGAUGGAAGCUUGACAUGGCUUCAGAAAUUUUGCACAAGAUGGGCAUUAAGCCCAAGCCUGUGGAACCAGAGAUACAGUUCGACUGCAACUGGGCGGAUGUUACGUGCCCAAUCUGUUUAGAUUUCCCUCACAAUGCAGUCCUCCUAAGAUGCUCCUCCUAUGAAAAAGGAUGUCGUCCCUUCAUGUGCGACACUGACCAAUCCCGCUCAAACUGCCUCGAGCGGUUCAAAAGCGCUUAUGGGCUUCCAGGUUCUGCGAAAUCCUCUGCAGCUGCUAUCGACACAUCAUUGGAAAGGAUUCAAAUUGUUCUAUUUAACCCAAACAGUCGGCCGACCUGCCCAUUAUGUCGAGGAGAAGUGAUAGGAUGGGCCAUUGUUGAUGAGGCACGCCUUCAACUUAACCAAAAAAGGCGAUGUUGCGAAGAGAAUAAUUGUUCUUAUUUUGGAGACUUUUAUGAGCUCCAAAAACACACCCAAAUAAAGCAUCCCAACUCGCACCCUUCAGAAAUUGACCCCAAGCAGCGGCUUGAUUGGGAAAAUUUCCAGCAGUCCUCUGAUAUUAUAGACGUAUUGAGCACCAUACAUGCAGAAGUACCCCAUGGAGUAGUACUAGGGGACUAUGUAAUUGAGUAUGGCGACGAGGAGGAUGGAGAUGAGUAUGAGGACUUUAAUAGGGUACGGAGAAAUUGGUGGACUGCUUGUAUUUUCUCUAGGGUGUGCUGUAGAGCUUCUAGAAACAGGAGUCAAUCGAGAGUGAGGGAGCGAAGAGGGGGCAGCGAAAGGAGAAGCAGCCGUCGAUCGAGCUAUGAUAAUUCGAAUCUCGAGGAGGGACCUGCAAGAUCUGUAGAUAUAGGGGAUUACAGGUUUGAUGAAAUUGUUGAAGAGUUUGUAGGUACAGGAAGUGUGGCAUCCAGGAGACUGGCUAGUCAGUACAGGGACAGCUUCGGACGAUACCGAAUACAUUCUCAUUGACUGAUCAACCGACAAAGCUACCUCUACCGGCUGGACGAAAUCUGCUUCUCUACAUACCUUCUCAUUUUGUAUCAUCAAAUUCCAUUUCUCGUUUCUCUACAUUUGCUUCAAGUUAUCAAACCACACAUUGAUCCUGUGCAUAAAAAGAAUUGUUAAUGCUGUGGCCUUGCUGAUUCACCUUUGUCCAUUCGCUUAGGAUUAUUUUCAUGUAGAUUUCUCUUGUACAUAUUAGUUGGAAUUGUCCCAUAUCUGAUAUAAUUGAAUUUGGCGAAAAACCUGGAUGGAGUUGUUGCUGUUGAUGUGGCUUCAUGUUUGGUCAGGUCAUGACUUGUAAGCAUCUCAGCUUGGGUUAAAUUGUAUAGGUUCUGUUGUUUCUCCGAGGACCUGAGUUGAUCGGAUAAGAAAUUGCUUUUGCCCUGUUUGCCUUUGGUC